UGAAACUUAUUAUAGAAAAGUUUUGUAAUAGUUUUUUGCUAUUUUUGUAAUCUAUUUAUUAAAUUAAAUAAAUCCACAAAAGACUGCAAAUUGUAAACACAUUGCGAAACCACUCAUUGAUUGCGAAAUACUCGCUGAAUGCAAUUACAACAUAUACUUAUUCAAGACAUUAAUAACUUAACUGAAAAUUUCCGUACACUAUUCAAUCGAUUACUCAAUUACUGGUUAUAUAUAUGAGUGGACAGGGAGUCAACCAUACAUUCCCCCUACUCCUAUGCUAUUAAUGCUAUUAUACUCAUCAGUACAAUAUUAAUACCAAUGAAACGACAAUUUUGUAAUCAAGGUCCAAAUUAUCCACUCAACUAUACCUUUAGAUAACCUGUGGUUUCACAGAAUAGUCGCCAAUCAUUUGCUAUCAAUCAGUCAUUGCGUUCACAAGUCGUCUAUAAAACUCAUUGUAAGCUAAAGCCAUGCAUUCAUUAAGUGAUGAGAGUGUUAGGGAUUACGUGAGAAAACCCGACCCGACCUCCAAACUCAAUCACUUGCUAUUCAUUGGCGACCACUUAUCAGUACCGGUGCCCAACCACUCGCUACCCCCGAACAUACGUCCGGUGGGUAUAUUCUGGGACAUCGAGAACUGUCAGGUACCUUUCAACCGCUCAGUCAUACAACUGGUGGAAAGGGUGAGACAGUUAGCCUUUGAGCGGCAGUAUUGUGAGAACGUGUUUGAGGUGGUGUGCGAUACACGCAAAAUAGCCGCCCCUUUGUUGGACGACCUGAACACCACUCAAGUGACUGUCAUACACGUGUGUGGGUUCACCAAAAAUGCAUCCGAUCUGAUCCUAAUGCAAAGGAUUGACAAAUUCAUUGCUGAUAAAGGAUACAAUUCUGCCAUUGUUAUGAUUAGUGAUGAUAUCAACUUCAGUCCCAUAUUAAGUAAACACCGAAACAAUAAUCGCGUUGAAGUGACACUAAUCCAAAGACGCGCCGCUCAGGCAUUAAGAAAUUGUGCCGAUUUUAUACACGAUUUCGAUAAUUUGUGUCAAAACCUGAACAUUAGACACAGCAACCAACAAAAAGGUUAA